AUGGUGGAUAGUGCUUCUCGACCAGGCGGAGGGAUUCGCCUCUAUGAUCGCGCCCAAGAACAGGGACGGCGGCCCACUACCAGCGUCGUGAUCGCAGCGCUCCAGGAGUGUGGGAGAUCGAAAGACCUGGCAGUGGGGAGGCGAAUUCACGCGGGCAUUGCUCAGAUCGGCCUCGACGCCACGGAUGUUUACAUCGCCAACACGCUCAUCGCAAUGUACUCCAAAUGCGGGAGUUUGGUCGAUGCGCGCGCGGUCUUCGAUCGAUUGGAUCACCGCCGCACGGCUGUCUCAUGGAACACGAUGAUCCUGGGCUAUGUCGACGCCAAUCUCGGCGACAUAGCGCUGGAUCUCUUCGAUCGCAUGGAUUGCGCGCCGGGGAUUGUGUCCUACCUCGCGGCUGCCAGGGCGUGCGCCAGUGCCGCCGCCAGGGAGGAACCCCAAGAAAUCGAUGGAAAUAUCGUCAGAGCUCAUUCCCUACGGAGCGGCAGAGAGAUCCAUCGCCGGGCCUGGCGAGAGGGCCACCGAUCCAGCAGAUUCCUUGCGAAUUCACUGCUCACGAUGUAUGCCAAAUGCGGGAGCUUGAUCGAUGCUCGAGCGGUGUUUGACGAGAUUGCAAGCUCGGGAGAGAUUGUGGCGUGGAAUGCGAUGAUCUUCGGCUAUGGCGAGGCCGGCCAUGGCGCUGAGGCGCUGCGAUUGUUCUCCACGAUGCAGCAGGAGGGAUUCGUCCCGGACAAGGUCACGUUCCUGGCUGCGAUCAAAGCUUGCUCUCCCUCGCUUCGAUCAGGGCCAAAGCUCCAGUGGUUCUUGCUACAAGGGCGCGCGAUCCAUUCCAUGAUCGCCAAGCUUGGCUAUGGCCGCGAUGUGGUCAUCUCGAAUGCCCUGAUUUCUAUGUACUCGCGCUGUGGCAGCGUUGCCGAUGCCCGCCGAGUCUUCGAUCAAAUCGAUUCUCCCAGUCUCGUGUCUUGGAAUUCGAUCAUUGCGGCCUAUGCCGAUGCCAGCGAUGGAGCCAUGGCGCUGGAAUUUCUCUUGAGGAUGGAGGAGAGUGGCUGCGAUCCUGACAGUGUCACAUUCCUCGCAGCUCUCAAGGCUUGCUCGACCCCGAUCGAAGAACAAGGAAGAGAUCUUCUCGAGAAGGGGCGAGCUCUUCACACGGCGCUUGCGAGCCGGGGAUUCCAUCGCGAUCCCUUCGUUGCCAAUGCGCUGGUAACGAUGUACUCACGGCGCGGCAGCCUGGGCGACGCUCGAUCGGUGUUUGAGACGAUCGAGAAGCCCUCGAUCGUUUCCUGGAACGCGAUCAUCCAGGGUUACGUGGAGAGUGGCGACGCAGCGGUGGCGCUGGAUCUGUUCUCUCAGAUGCCACAUUCGAUCGAUCCGGACGCUGUGACCUUCCUGGCUGCAAUCAAGGCGUGUUCUUCCCUGGCCGCGCAAGAACAAGGGCAAAAUCUCGGCGGCACGCCAGUGAAGAUCCAGAGCCUGGCCAGGGGGAGAGAGAUCCAUCGACGGGCCACCGCAAAGAAUCUAGAACGCGAGAUCGCAGUGGCGAAUUCCUUCAUUGCGAUGUACGCGAGAUGUGGAUCCAUGGCCGAUGCUCGCAGUGUGUUCGAUCGAAUGGAGCCGCGAUCGCGCACCGCUGUCUCGUGGACAGCGCUCAUGGCAGGAUACAAUGAUGCCGGCGAGCCCGAUCGAGCGCUGGAGUGCUUCGAGCGCAUGAUCCAGGAGGAUCGGUGCAAUCCGGAUGGAGUGGCGCUCGCGGCAGUGAUCAAGGCGUGUGGGAGCUUGGGCGCGCUAGAGAUCGGCCGGAAGAUCCACUCACAGUAUUCCUCCAUGGUAUCCACCAAGAGCCCUAACAACGAACUCUCGAUACUGGCCAAUUCCAUUGUGGAUUUCUAUGGCAAGUGCGGGAGCAUGGACGAGGCACGCGCGGCGUUUGAUUCCAUCGAGAGCGCGCGCAGGGACGUCGUGACCUGGAACUCGCUCAUCGCGGGCUACAGCCGCGCCGGCGAUUUCCAGCAAGCUUUCGAUCUCCUGGAGAGGAUGAUGCAAGGGGAGGAGCGAUUGCGGCCCAAUGGCGUGACGAUUCUCAGCAUCCUCAGCGUGUGUGCUCGCGCCGGGCUGGUGGAUCGAGGGCGAGAGGUGUUCUCCCGCGCCGCCAGCUCUGGCUAUGGCAGCGGCGUGGCGCUGCGGCUGGAGCAUUACACCGUGAUGGUGGAUCUACUAGGGCGGAGCAAUCAGCUGGAAGAGGCGGUGGAAUUGAUCCGGGGCAUGCCGUGGGAGGCCAAUGCCAAGAUCUGGAUGACGCUGCUGGAUGCGUGCGCGAAGUGGAGGAAUCCGGGGAUCGCAAAGCUCGCCUUCGACUCCGUCAUAGGGAUCGAUCGAAACAACGCUGCCGCUCACGUUCUCAUCGCUAGCAUCUGCGAGUCUGUGUAA